UUGAUAGUUAGAUUAAAGUUGUACUUUUUGGAUCUCGUGAAAUGUUCUUAACGAAAAAACGGAAUAAACAACAUUUUUUUCUUUCUUUUGAUUCGUUUAAAAGACAGUUUUCAACUGAAUCAACUGUAAUAGUACAUUUUGACAUGUUUAAACUACGCUUCAGAAGUGUAAACUGAGUAAACGUUUUGUACCAGGUAGACGGUCGAGUUAGUUUAAGGACUCAUCAAUAUCCAAAAUAUCAAAUAUAUAAAUAUUUUGUGGUUAGAGCUUGGGAUAUUACUGUUUUGAUUUCUAUUAAUUACUGAUUAAAUACAUAUAAAAAUGGCUAUGACUGAUGAUACUGAACAAUCAGCUGCAAAUGCUGUAGAAGAACCUUUGGAUUUGAUUCGCCUGAGUUUAGAUGAACGCAUUUAUGUGAAGAUGAGAAACGAAAGAGAAUUAAGAGGUAGAUUACACGCAUACGAUCAACAUUUGAACAUGAUUCUAGGAGAUGUUGAGGAAACUGUUACAACUAUUGAAAUUGAUGAAGAAACAUAUGAAGAAGUUUAUAGAACGACCAAGAGAACAGUACCAAUGCUAUUUGUUCGAGGUGAUGGAGUUAUUCUCGUAUCUCCUCCCAUUCGUGGAGGAAUGUAACAAACAUUUGUAAAAAAAAAUAAAAUAUUAAAAAACCA